AUGAAUCCCGAAAAGCUCGCCAAACUGCAAGCCCAAGCCGCAUCAGUGCGCAUAGGAGGCAAAGGAACCCCCAGACGCAAAGUCAAAAAGGUGCACAAGACCAGUGGUACCGAUGACAAGAAGCUGCAGUCGGCGUUAAAGAAAUUGAAUGUCCAACCAAUCAGUCAAAUUGAAGAAGUCAACAUGUUCAAGACCGAUGGUACCGUGUUGCAUUUUACUGUUCCAAAAGUCCACGCAGCAGUCCAAUCAAACACAUUCGUAAUCUACGGUGUCGGCGAAAACAAGGAAUUGACAGAAUUGGUUCCAGGAAUUCUAAACCAAUUGGGUCCAGACUCUUUGACCUCAUUGCGUAAACUCGCUGAAACAUAUCAAUCAAAGAAUGCCGCUGCUGGUGGUAUGGCUGGAAUCGGAGGUGCUGGAAAGGAUGAUGAUGACAAUGUGCCUGAAUUGGUUGAUGGGAACUUUGAGGAGGUUGCUGAUGAGAUUGCUGAUGUCAACUAA